CGUUGAACGAAUAAAAACGCUCAUGCGCGCGAAGGUUGCAUCACAUGUGUCUUUAAUAUUUAGUUAUUUGUAACCUCUGAAGAUCCACAGUCGAGAAAUAAAUGUUUUGAACUAUUUAUCCGUUCUGAGUGUUAAUAAUCUGAAAUUUCUCCUUCAAAGUAUUUUUCGGCACCGACACUCCUCCUAGUUGAAAAAUGGAAGCAUUAAUUCCUGUUAUGAAUAAACUGCAUGAUGUGUUUCAUACAUUAGGAACAGAUUCCAUUCAGCUGCCGCAAAUAGUAGUCGUUGGAACGCAAAGCUCGGGCAAAAGUUCGGUUCUUGAAAGUUUAGUUGGACGGGAUUUUCUUCCUCGAGGAGCAGGUAUAGUUACUCGUCGCCCAUUGAUAUUGCAACUGAUUUAUGUCACAGAAGAUGAUGAAACCGUCCGCUCUGCUGAGGAAGGAACUUUAGGUCUGAAAGAGUGGGGUAAAUUCCUACACACAAGAUCUAAAAUUUACUCUGAUUUUGAUGAGAUCAGAAAAGAAAUUGAAGCAGAAACAGAAAGAAUGAGUGGAUCAAAUAAAGGAAUUUGCUCAGAACCAAUUAAUCUGAAGAUUUAUUCUCCUCAUGUAGUCAAUUUAACACUUGUAGAUUUACCAGGAAUUACCAAAGUUCCUGUUGGGGAUCAGCCAGAAGAUAUUGAAAUCCAAAUCAGACAACUCAUUUUUCAGCAUAUUAGUAACCCAAAUGCAAUUAUAUUAGCAGUUACUCCUGCAAAUACAGAUUUUGCUACAUCGGAAUCCUUAAAGCUAGCAAGGGAGUGUGAUUUGGAUGGACAACGUACAUUAGCUGUUGUAACAAAAUUGGACCUCAUGGAUGCCGGUACUGAUGCUGUUGACGUGUUGUGCGGAAAGAUUAUUCCAGUUAAGUUGGGUAUAAUAGGAGUUGUUAAUCGUUCGCAGCAGGAUAUUAUAAACAAGAAAAGUAUUGAAGAAGCAAUUAAGGAUGAAGCUAUUUUUCUUCAGAGAAAAUACCCAGGAUUAGCUUCUAGAAAUGGAACUGCCUUCCUUGCUAAAACUCUAAACAGACUUUUGAUGCAGCACAUUAGGGAUUGCCUCCCAGAUCUCAAAACCAGAGUCAACAUUAUGAUAUCUCAGUAUCAGUCGCUUUUGAAUUCUUGUGGAGAAGCGACUGUUGAUCAAGGUCAGACUUUGCUACAAAUUAUCACCAAAUUUGCCUCGGCCUAUUGCGCCACGAUCGAAGGCACAGCACGCAAUAUUGAGACAAGUGAACUGUGCGGAGGAGCUCGAAUUUGCUUCAUUUUUCAUGAAACCUUUGGCCGCACAUUGGACAUCAUAGACCCACUUAGUGGACUGACAGCAUGGGACAUCUUAACCGCCAUUCGAAAUGCGACCGGAACAAGGCCGGCCUUGUUCGUUCCUGAAGUGGCAUUCGAACUUCUUGUUAAACGACAAAUCAGAAGGUUAUUGGAUCCGAGCUUACAUUGUGUUGAGCUUGUGCAUGAGGAAAUGCAGCGCAUAAUCCAGCACUGUGGACUCGAAGUUCAGCAGGAAAUUAUCCGUUUUCCGAAAUUGCAUGAGCAAAUAGUUGAUGUCGUUACGCACUUACUCAGGCGUCGCUUACCUGCUACUAAUGCCAUGGUAGAAAAUCUUGUUGCGAUUGAACUGUCAUACAUCAAUACAAAGCAUCCGGAUUUUCAUAAAGAUACUGCACUUGUGCAUUCUUUGGUUAAACAGUUGGAAGAGAGUGGACGUAAGCGCGUGGAUAGCAGUUCGAAAAUCAUCCCUUCUGAAUCUAAUUGUUUUGAAACAAAUGAAAAUAAUGAUAGAUUCUCGGAUUUCAAGAAAUAUUCAAAAAUAUCUUCAAGCCUGUAUUCUUUGGGUAAGCUGAGUGGCAGUGAUUCAAAUCUACAGGGUCCUGUAAGUACAUGGAUGAGCCAGGCCGGAGAUUUGUUUAAUUUGAACGCCAAAUCCGAAUCAAAUAAAGAACCUGCCUCUAAAGUACCUCCUGAGGCUUCCAGCUCCCUGAACAGUGCAGUCUGCCCAAGUCCAGUUAAAGCUGUUAAUUUAUUGCCAGAAGUUCCUAAUAUUACUUCAAGAAAACUAUCAGCAAAGGAAAAGAAGGACUGUGAGCUUAUUGAACGCUUGAUCCACUCAUAUUUCAUGAUCGUACGGAAAAAUAUUCAAGACUCUGUUCCGAAGGCUGUAAUGCAUUUUUUGGUGAAUUAUGUACGUGACAAUCUGCAGAGUGAACUUGUCACUCAUUUGUAUAAACAUGACAAUUUCUCUACCUUGUUACAAGAAUCGGAUCAUAUUGCAAUCAGGCGCAAAGAGACGGCAGAAAUGUUGAAAGCCCUACAGAAGGCUAAUUUGAUCAUAGGAGAAAUAAGAGAAACUCAUAUGUGGUAGUAUAAUUUAAAAUAAUUUGUUUUAAAGCUUCUAUAGGAUUGCAUAACUGCACAAACUUAUAUAAAUUGUUAAUGUAGAAAUUAAAAUUGCUAUCGUGUGAAAACAAAUAUUUUGAAUUUCAUGAUAAUUGAUGAAAUUCUAUAUAUGUUGCAAGAUAAUUACUGGUGUUACUGUGAAGACUCUUUGUUCUAAAAUUCAUCAAGGUGCUCAUCAGGGUUCGUCAAUAUAUAUCACGAUACAUAUCUGAUAUUUAUUUUGAAAAUAUCAUGAUAUUUUCAAUAUUUAUGUUUUCAACUAUGGUAUUUUCAAUAUAAAAAGUAUAUUAAUCAUAGUAAUAUUGUUCAUUUAUUAUUAAAAAUAACCAAAAAGUAAUAUAAUAUUCCAUUUUUACUUGUAUUUUAUAUUCAUAAAAUUAUUAGUUAUGUUGCAAUUUUAAUUCAUGUUAAAAGUCCCUAAUUAAGUAUUAAACAUUGUUCAAAAAAAAAACUGUCUUAUGACUGUGCACUGAGUAAUGCAUAUUAUUUAUUUAUUUAUUUCCGAAUCAUAUAAAUGUAAAAGUAGCUAACAGAAGAAAAAUGAGUAAAACAGCUUAUGCUAACUGAACUCCAUUAAAAUUGAUAGAAAUGUAAAAUGAAAUAUUGGGUUGCGUUCGACGAAACUCACUGGUCGACCGGCAAGUAACUGGUUACUAACCGAAGCGUUCUAUGAUCAACUGGUUACCUCAGCGGUUACCAUUUUAAGCAGUUGAUUGGUUGAUUGGAGCAUGUGAUCAUUAGCUGUCACGUGAUUAACUAACCGGUCGAGCUCGUUGAACGCAACCUUAGAUGUAAAUUAUGAAAGGAACAUUAAUUUUAAGUCUACAUAUUGUACUUAUAAUAUAACAAAAUAAAGUGAUUUGAGGAUGCAUUGACUAUUUCAAAGACUUUAGUUUGUGCUAAUUGAAAUUAUCUGAUACAUAUCAAAAUAUUGGGUAUUAUCAAUAUUUUCGAAGAUAUCAUGAUAUUUUCGAACCCUGGUGCUUGUUGUAACCUUAUCAGGUUCACUCAGGACUAGGCAUUAAACUUCUUUAUUUGCUACAUUUCGUUAUCUUUCAGUGUUUGUUAAUGCGUCCUUUUAACUUUUUGUUUGCGUAUUACUAGUAAAGAACCUUCUAAAAAUGUUAUUGAGUCUUAAUUCAAUGACUUUUUUUAAUCUAUUAUUUGUGUAAAAAUCCUCUGUUUUUUUAAAAGCCAUCUAAAUCUCCUCAGAAUUGUAGGUCAUAAGAUAAAAGCUUGUAAACAAAAAUGUAUUAUGUAAAAGUUGUUUCUCAUUUAAUAAAUCUUUGUUUAGUUUCUGUCAAAAAA